AUGGCCGUUAAGGUUGGCAUCAAUGGCUUUGGCCGCAUCGGUCGCAUGGUUUUCCGUGCGGCGCGGAACCGCAAGGACAUCGAAAUUGUCGCCAUAAACGACCUGCUGGACGCUGAGUACAUGGCGUACAUGCUGAAAUACGACUCCACGCACGGCCGCUAUGAGGGCAAGGUGGAGGUGCAGAACGGUGCCCUCGUCGUUGAUGGCAAGAAGAUCCGCGUGACGAGCGAGCGCGACCCCGCCCAAAUCAAGUGGAAUGAAGUCGGCGCGGAGGUCGUCGUUGAGGCGACCGGCAUCUUCCUCACCGACGAGACCGCCCGCAAGCACAUUCAGGCCGGCGCAAAGAGGGUCGUCAUGACAGGCCCGCCAAAGGACGACACGCCCAUGUUUGUCAUGGGCGUGAACAACAAGACGUACAAGGGCCAGGAAAUCGUCUCAAACGCCUCCUGCACCACCAACUGCCUCGCACCGCUCGCGAAGAUCGUUCAUGAAAACUUCGGCAUCGUUGAGGGCCUCAUGACAACGGUCCACGCCGUCACGGCCACGCAAAAAACCGUUGACGCACCCUCGCACAAGGACUGGCGCGGUGGCCGUGGAGCGUCGCAGAACAUCAUUCCGUCCUCCACCGGCGCAGCCAAGGCGGUCGGCAAAGUUAUCCCUGCGCUUAACGGCAAGCUGACGGGCAUGGCGUUCCGUGUGCCGACCCCCAACGUGUCGGUCGUCGACCUCACCGUGCGCCUGGAAAAGCCGGCAACCUACGCGCAGAUCUGCGCUGCCGUCAAGGCGGCCGCCGAGGGAGAGCUGAAGGGAAUUGUUGGCUACACGGAGGACGAGGUCGUGUCCACCGACAUGAACGGCGUCCCACUGACCUCCGUCUUCGACGUGAAGGCCGGAAUUUCCCUCAACGACCACUUUGUGAAGCUUGUCUCUUGGUACGACAACGAGACGGGGUACUCCCACAAGGUGCUGGACCUCGUGGCAUACGUCGUAGCGCACUAG